AUGCAUUCGAGGUUAUUAAAAUUGCCAAAUGAAUCCACAGGGUAUUUAUAUGGUACUGAUGAUGAUUCUUCAAUAUAUUUGAUUGGUUUGGCUGUGCCUGAGAAUGAUAACUCAGCAAAUCCUAAUUAUGCUUUUAUUGAAAAUAUUAGUUUAUACUUGCCGUCCGGAGUGCACGCAUGUGGAAUAUUUAAUGUAGGAAAUGGAGUAUCAUCGAAUGAUAUCGAUGAAACUUUGUCAAAUGAAUUUGGAAAAUUUCCAGUGGUUAUCAAUGUAGAUACUAAGCUUCAAAAAGUUAUUCCCAAGUUUUAUGCAGCAAAUGAUGAUGAAAAUGUAGAUUAUGAUCUUAUUAAUCAGGAUGAUUUGACAAAUUCACAUAUGUUAAUGAAUUUGUCUGCUUCGUUUCCAGUUAUUUUUUAUUUAGAUUUUAAUUCUGCUGAAUCGACAUUACUUGAUUUAGAGAAAAAGCUCUUGUCAGGUGCUGCAGCAUUUCAAUUUGAAGAAUCAAGCAUUUAUAUUUUAGGAAAUAAGGAUGUUAAUGUAAUUGGUAUAUCACCACAAAAUCCAGUUUCCGAGUUACUGAAGCACAUACAGCUGUCUGAUGAAAUUAAAAAAAAUAAAAACACAGUAAUGUUAAAAGUAGGACUUUACAUCAAUCAAACGGAACAAGAAGGACUACCUAAAAUUGCACCUUACAUAAAAUAUGUGAAAAAGGAAUUCCGACACGUCGAAAUUCAAUUAAACAUAGAUUCUUUGAUAAUGGUUUCGAAAAAUUUAUCAGUUACACAUUUAUACGAGUAUCUUUUAACUGGGAUUCAAAGGAAUUUUACAUUAAAUAAAAAUAAUUUAUUACAUCAGUUGAAAAAGGAAAAUACGUUUGGUAUUUCGUAUCCGAAAACUUACCAUUUUUUGCCUUCGAAUUUAGGACAUUUUGUUUCAGUUGUGUACUCGUCAAAACAAACUUCAGAUGAAUUAAAAAAAAUUCGAGAAAAUCUUCACAGUUCAUUUUCUCUGCCAAUGGACAGACCAUUGUUUCGUCAGGGAAACGCUCACAUUUUUAAUAAAUCAAACAAGACAGAAAGCGAUAAACUUUUAAAUCCUCAUGAAAAAUUAGGUGCAAGUGGAGUACCUGAAGGCGAACCAUAUUUUGUCCAAGGGAAAUACGCUUAUUAUCAUUACAUGCAAGACAAUAUGGACGACAAUGGAUGGGGUUGUGCAUACAGAUCCCUUCAAACUAUUUUUAGCUGGUUUCAAUUUCAAAGCUACACAAACGCACCCGUUCCUACUCAUAGAGAAAUUCAAGAGUGUCUUGUCAAUAUUGGUGAUAAACCUGCAUCGUUUGUUGGUUCUAAACAAUGGAUAGGUUCUACCGAGGUGAGUUUUGUUUUGGAAACGUUGCUCGGAGUCACAAGUAGAAUCGUUCGAGUUAAUUCUGGAGAAGAAAUGACAAUGAAAGGUGGAGAAUUGAGCCAUCAUUUUAAAACUCAAGGAACUCCCAUAAUGAUCGGGGGUGGCGUAUUGGCUCACACGAUAUUGGGAGUCGACUACAAUAAAAAUACGGGAGAUAUAAAAUUUUUAAUAUUAGAUCCUCAUUACACGGGAUCCGAUGACAUAUCAGUUAUAAUAAAAAAGGGUUGGUGCGGAUGGAAAGGACCCGAAUUUUGGAAAAAGGAUGCUUUUUACAAUAUGUGUUUACCUAUUGCACCUAAAUGCGUUUGA